GGCGGGCGGCCGCCGGUUGCCCGGUGAAGGCGACGCCACAGCGGCCUCAGCGCGGACAAAAUGUCGGCGGUCGGCGCGGCCCGGCGGGGCGGGGACCUGCCCGGGGUGCAGAGAGCGGCCGGCAGCACCCAGGCGUUCGCGGGGCCCGGCGCGCUGAGCGGAGCGUGGCUGGCCAAGGAAGAGCAGUACAAGCGACUGAAUGCAGAAUUAGAAGCCAAAACAGAAAAACUGGUGCGUCAGGCUGAAGAACUAAUGAAAGGCCAACAGAAGAUACUAUCUCAGCCAGUUUCAGUACAGAGUAAGUCACCUGAAGAUGACAGACAGAGAGAUCCACUCUGUCCCGAAGUUUCAUCUCUUACACACUCACUUGCAAAGGUAGAAAACAAGAAGAAAUUUCCUUCUGUGCCCACAGCUCAGAACAGACCAUACUCUGCAAGUAAGGGAAAAAGAGCAACUUCAAGUUCAAAAAUAAGAAACAUGGAAGUACAAAGUGCUGAUGGUGUUGCAGUACUGGAAGAUUGCAUAGGUUUUUCUUUAACAAAAACAAUUAGCAAAGUUGAAGAAAAACUAAAGAAAGGAGUCUUACCAGACUGUCAAGAUGAUGAUAUUAUUCCAAGGGUUGGAAAUGAAAUGGGAGCAGAAGCUCAAAUCAGAUUUCUUAAGGCAAAGUUACGUGUGAUGCAGGAAGACCUGGCAAAUAUAGUGUUUGAAUGCAGGAAAAAGGACGAUGAAAAUCAGAAUUUAGGAACUCGGCUUAAAGAUACCGAAGAAGAAAACUCAAGACUGCAACGAACAAUCAGCCUGCAGCAGUCUCAGACUGAGAAGUACAAAAUGUUGUCACAAGAAGCAAACAAAAAAACUGAGGGGUUACAACAAGAGGUCACUGCACUAGAAAAGGAAUUGGAGAGUCUAAAGCGUGCCCAAAAGCAGGCUGCAGCCACUCAGAGUGCAACAGAGGUUCGUUUAAACAGGGCCUUGGAAGAAGUGGAGAAGUAUAAAGUAGAGCUGAAUAAACUGAAGCAAAGCAACAAGGAUGUAACUAACCAAGAACUCAAAAUGAUUGAAGAAUUAAAAGCAGAAAACAAGAAACUGCAGAAACAAAAAGGAGAGCUAAUUACAGGUUUUAAAAAGCAGUUAAAGUUAAUUGAUAUUUUGAAGAGACAAAAGAUGCACAUUGAAGCUGCCAGGAUGCUUUCUUUUACUGAAGAAGAAUUCAUGAAAGCUCUUGAGUGGGGAAAUUAUUGAUUCCAUUAAAUAAUUCCUGUUUGAAAGAUGAGUCAGAUGGUACAUUAUUUUGAGACUGUAUAUGAGUCCUUGUUAAUAGUUAAUAACUGUUUAUCCCACUGAAUUGAUUUUGUUGAUUUUCCUUAUGUUUAAAUAGUUAAACUUUUGUAAGCCUGA